AUGGCGGCCGCAACUGUCCUGGCGGCAGCCACACUGGCGCUGUCCUGCUGCUGUGCCGCGUCAUCCGCCGCCGUCACCACCGUGACGGCGGCGGCGGAGUUGGACCGCAUCGACAGGCUGCCGGGCCAGCCGACGGUUAACUUCUACAUGUACUCCGGCUACGUCACGGUCGACGCCGCCGCGGGGCAGGCGCUCUUCUACCUGCUCAUGGAAGCCUCCGGCGUGCCGGCGGACUCGGCGCCGCUCGUGCUCUGGCUCAAUGGCGGGCCCGGUGGCGAUGGAUGGAUUGGUUUGCUUGCAGUGGCCAACGUGCUGUUCUUGGACUCGCCAGCCGGCGUCGGCUACUCCUACACCAACAACACCAACGAUCUGUACGAUGCUGGUGACAACAAGACAGCUCAUGACUCAUAUGCUUUCUUGAUAAAUUGGUUGGAGCGGUUCCCGCAGUAUAAGUAUCGUGAUUUCUACAUCGCCGGAGAGAGCUAUGCAGGCCACUAUGUCCCUCAACUGUAUCAGGUAGUGUACCGAAACAACAAAGGAAUUGAGAAUCCAACCUUAAACUUCAAAGGCUUCAUGGUUGGAAAUGCAGUAAUUGACGAUUACCAUGACUACAAGGGCACAUUUGAGUAUUGGUGGACACAUGGGCUUAUCUCCGAUGAAACUUAUGUGAAGUUGUGGGAGGCUUGUAAAUAUGAUGUGUCUGAGCACCCCUUUGAGGAAUGUCAAAACAUCUCUGAAGUUGCCGAGGCCGAGCAAGGGAAUAUUGAUUUAUACAGCAUCUACACGCCUACUUGUAAGAAGACUUCAUUGCAUAAGCGCAGGCAAAUAAGGGGAAGAAUGCCCUGGUUGCCCAGAGGAUAUGAUCCGUGCACCGAACUGUACUUCACAAACUACUACAACUUACCCGAGGUGCAGGAAGCUUUCCAUGCCAAUGUUACUGGAAUACCAUAUGCGUGGAUAGGCUGCAGUGACCCGAUAUAUGAAUAUUGGAAAGAUUCACCGAGGUCCAUGCUUCCUAUUUACCGUGAACUUAUCUCGGCGGGCCUAAGGAUAUGGGUCUUCAGCGGCGACACAGACUCUGUCGUCCCCCUCACUGCUUCAAGAUACUCCAUUGAUGCACUAUCUCUACCAACGAUCACAAAGUGGUAUCCUUGGUACUACGACGAAGAGGUUGGUGGAUGGUGCCAAGUGUAUGAGGGUUUGACGCUGGUGAUGGUCCGAGGUGCAGGGCGAGGUUCCCCUCCACCGUCCACGGCAGGGCCUGAAGCUCUUCGAGCACUUCCUGCGAGACGAGCCCAUGCCCAAGCCUGUUGA